ACCUCAGGAGUUUCCCAAAACCCAGCGCGGCAGGCCUUAACCGCACUAAGAUGGCGACUCCCAUGCAUCGGCUCAUAGCCCGGAGACAAGCUGAAGCAAAUAAGCAACAUGUAAGAUGUCAGAAAUGCUUGGAAUUUGGACACUGGACUUAUGAAUGCACAGGAAAAAGAAAAUACCUACACAGGCCUUCAAGAACAGCAGAACUAAAGAAAGCUUUAAAAGAAAAAGAAAACAGAUUAUUAUUACAACAAAGCAUUGGAGAAACUAACAUAGAAAGAAAGACCAAGAAAAAAAGGUCUAAGAGUGUAACCAGUUCCAGUAGCGAUAGCAGUGACAGUUCAGCCAGUGAUUCUUCAUCAGAGAGUGAAGAAACGUCUACCUCAUCCUCCUCAGAGGACAGUGACACUGAUGAAAGCUCCUCCAGUUCAUCGUCUUCUGCCUCUUCCACAAGCUCGUCCUCGUCCUCUGAUUCAGACUCAGAUUCCAGCUCUUCCAGCAGCAGCAGCACCAGCACAGAUAGCAGCUCUGAAGAUGAACCACCGAAGAAGAAGAAAAAGAAAUAGAAUUGCUCCAUCCAUAUUGGACUGAUGGACUGAAAACAUUAAUCUGAUUCUCAGAAGGGAAUUUAGACUAUGUUAAAGCCAAAUAGGUUAACUGGCCAAAAUUUCUAGAAGUUUAUAAAUGUUUUACAUUGUAAGAGCAUAAAAGGUAUUAAUAAUAAUGGAUUAUAUAUAUAUACACUUUUUUAUUUUAAGGGUGAAUCUUGUUUUUCUUUUUUAUCUUUAAAAUAUAUCUCUAAAACUUAAAGCUGAAAUCCAGUAAAUCUGAUUUUGUGAUAAAACUUAUGUUUUCUCCCUGAAAUGACCAGUUUUCUCCCUGAAAUGAAUGCUAUACUUUAUUAUAUGUUAGUGUUAUGUAUCAGACAUGUGUUCAGAAUAAUGCAUCAGAGUAUCUGGCAGUGUUUUUUCUAAUGCUUUUGGCCAUGUGUCGUAAUGUCAGGUUUAAUAUGUUGUUACUAUAAGCUUACGCCUUUUCCUACUGUUAUAAAUGUGCUCUAUUUUUA